AUGUCGUCGUCCAAACUAAGUCCUUCCUAUUAUGGAUACGUUGGUUCCACCAAAGAUGCUUUGUUAAUAAUCCAGGAGAUUUUAGAUAAGCAAUUGGAAUUAGUACCUAGAAGACCUCAUGAAAGAGAAAGAACAAGUUUAAUAAAAUCAGGAAACGUAUUUGUGUUCAUAGAAGAACAUUCAGGCAUCAAAAGAUGGACUGAUGGCAUUGCUUGGUCACCUUCAAGAAUAUUGGGUCGAUUUUUAGUAUAUCGUGAAUUAGAUAAACAAUCAUUAUCUGAAAAAGAUGAUAAAAAGAAAAAGAAAAGAAAAGUUAGUCUUGAAUCUGAUCCUCUUGAUAAAGUUUCAAGUAUACCUCCUGCUCAACAAUUAUUACAUUUACAUAAUGAUAAUUCAAAUCCAAAACCUCUUUCAAAUUCAAAUGAUUAUAGUAAAGAUUUAUUAGGUACUCCAAUAGUUUCAUCUUAUGUAUUUAAAGAUCAAGGUUUAAUUAAAAAGACUUUAAGUUUAACUACUACAAGUAAAGAAUUGCAUGUGGAUAAAAAAGAAGAAAAACAAACUAUACAUUUAAUCAGUUAUUAUAAUGCUGAUGAUGUGCUAAAUGGUAAAUUACAAAGACCUUCUGAAACAGAUUUAAAAAAUGCUAAUAUUUCAAAUGGUUUAUGGAAUGCCGUUAAAGAUUCUCUGUUAGGAGGAAAAAUCCCUAUCGAAGAUGAAGCUUAUUAUUUCUUAGAUACAAAUUAUCAAUUACAAAAUAUGUCAUUAUUACAACAACCCCCCAUACAAGGUAAUCCAUCAAAUCCCCCUGUACAAUAUUUAUCUCAAAAGUAUGGUGUUCCUCAACCUCUUGCCACUGGCUAUCAACAACAACCUCAACCUCCUCAUCAACAAUAUAUGCUACCAAUCCCUCCUCAACAACAACUGCAACAACAACAACCAGAAUAUUCAACUGGUGGUUAUAAAAGAGAAGAUGAACCAUCAAGUAAUGAAUUAACUUUCAUUAAUCCAUUCACAGGUGAUCCUCAUUCUCAAAUCAGUUAUAAUAGUAACAAUAGUAGUACUACUAUUACAGGUGGGGGUUCUGCUCCUGGCUCAACUUCAGGUGCUUCCGCUAUAACAACUGCUCCAAUGUAUAAUAAUUAUUUGGCACCAGCUCCUUAUCAACAACAGUAUGGAUUUGUUCAACCUCAACAACAGCCUCAACAACAACCACAACAACCUCCACCACCUCAACAUGAUUCCAAUACAACUGGUGGUCAAACUUAUUAUCCACCUAUUCCUCAACAUUUUCAGCAACCAGUAUAUCCUCAAUAUCAUUUUGGAUCUACAACUUCGUCCUCAGAUCAAUAUUCCAUAAAUGGGAGUAAUGCUAAUGUAUCAAAUGGAGGUUCAAUAAGUUCAAUCAGUAGUAGUAUGGUUCAUGGAUCAAGUCAAAAUAGUUUUAGUGGUCCACCAAGUGGAGGUGUAUCAGGAAAAAAAAAUCAAUAUAGAACAUCAGCUUCAGGACCUACUACUGGUGGUGGUCCAAAUGCUGCUGGAACUUGGUUUACUACAAACCCUCCUCCUAAUGGAUAUGUUGCUGCUGGUGUUCCAUCCUAUGCCGUGGCUUCAAAUUCAAAUGAAUAUAAUUCAGGUGCUACAAGUUCUACAAGUAAUAAUACCGAUACAGGAGUUGUUGGAAGUGGGAUAGCAUCACCAUUAUCUCAUAAUAUUCCAUCCCAUUAUAAUCAUGGUAUUCAUGGUCAACAUCAUCAUCAACAUUUUCCAUCUCAUCCUUUAGCUAAUAGUACUACUAGUGCUAGUGUUAGUGGAAGUGUUAGUGGAGCUACUGGUAGUGGUAGUGGAGGAAGUGAAGAUAGCACCAAUAAUCCAGCCACCACAGCUGUUGGCAAUCCAGGUUUAUAUAGCUAUGCCAACAAUUAA